CGUGUCCACCAGCCCGAGCUGUCUGCUGCGUUCGUCAGCGGAGCGGGGCAUCCGGGGCCAGAGGAGAGGGCUGCUUGUCCUGGCGGCUCCCUGGCCUGGGGGCUGCAGACUCCAAGGGCCUGGGCCAGCCCCGUAGCCAGGGAACCAGAAUGGUGGGGCCUGGGAGAGGACGGGGCAGGCUGGAGAUGGAGGUGCCUCCCCUUCCCCUGUUCGCACCAGCUCCUGAGUGGGCCUUGCCUUCCUGCUGGGCUUUCAGCAGAGAUGCUGAGCGGAUGGUGGGGUGCACUGCCCUGCUCAGCCCCUACUGAAGAGCCCAGUCUCUUCUUGUUUGGGAGAAAUGGCCGCUACUGUGCCUCCUCCUCCUCAGCUGUCCUCUCUCACCCUGAACCAGAGGAGCAGGAGCGGCUUCGCUUGGAGCGGGAGCGUGAGCAGGAGCAGAAGAAGGCCAAUAGCCUGGCCAGGCUGGCACAUGCCCUUCCUGUGGAGGAACCCCGCAUUGAGGCACCACCCCUGCCUCUGUCUCCGCCGGCUCCCCCGCCCGCACCCCCACCACCACUUGCCACCCCUGCCCCACUGACUGUCAUUCCUAUUCCUGUGGUGACCAACUCCCCUCAGCCACUACCCCCACCCCCACCCUUGCCGCCGGCAGCCCAGCCUCUGCCCCUGGCGCCUCGUCAGCCAGCCCUGGUUAGCACCCCUGGACUCAGCAUUAAGGAGCCUGCCCCCCUGCCCAGCAGGCCACAGGUGCCCACCCCUGCUCCCCUACUGCCGGACUCGAAGACCACCAUUCCACCCACGGGCAGCCCCAAGCCUUUGCAGCCCCUCCCCACGCCUAUCCUGAGCAUAGCACCACACCCUGGAGUCCAGCCUCAGCUGGCCCCCCAGCAGCCGCCCCCACCCCCCCUUGGGACCCUGAAGUUGGCACCAGCUGAAGAAGUCAAAUCCAGUGAACAGAAGAAGAGGCCAGGGGGGAUCGGAACCAGAGAAGUCCACAACAAAUUGGAGAAGAACAGGAGGGCCCAUCUGAAGGAGUGCUUUGAGACCCUGAAGCGGAACAUCCCCAACGUGGAUGACAAGAAGACGUCCAAUCUGAGCGUGCUGCGGACGGCGCUGCGGUACAUCCAGUCCCUGAAGAGGAAGGAGAAGGAAUACGAGCAUGAGAUGGAGCGGCUGGCGCGGGAGAAGAUUGCCACGCAACAGCGGCUGGCAGAGCUCAAGCACGAGCUAAGCCAGUGGAUGGACGUGCUGGAGAUUGACCGCGUGCUGCGGCAGACGGGCCAGCCCGAGGAUGACCAGGCCUCCACCUCCACCGCCUCUGAGGGUGAGGACAACAUAGACGAGGAUAUGGAGGAGGACCGGGCGGGCCUGGGCCCACCUAAGCUGAGCCAUCGUCCCCAGCCGGAGCUGCUGAAGUCCACCCUGCCACCCCCCAGCACCACCCCCGCGCCUCUGCCUCCACACCCGCACCCUCACCCCCACUCCGUGGCCCUGUCUCCUGCCCACCUCCCCGUGCAGCAGCCGCAGCCACAGCAGAAGACCCCUCUGCCAGCCCCUCCUCCCCCACCGGCUGCCCCUGCCCAGACACUGGUGCCAGCUCCGGCCCAUCUGGUGGCAACGGCUGGGGGCGGCUCCACGGUCAUCGCCCACACAGCCACCACGCACGCUUCAGUCAUCCAGACUGUGAACCACGUUCUGCAGGGGCCAGGCGGCAAGCACAUCGCCCACAUCGCCCCCUCGGCCCCCAGCCCUGCUGUGCAGCUGGCGCCUGCCACACCCCCCAUUGGGCACAUCACAGUGCACCCUGCCACCCUCAACCAUGUGGCCCACUUGGGCUCCCAGCUGCCCUUGUACCCGCAGCCCGUGGCAGUGAGCCAGCCCGUGGCAGUGAGCCACAUCGCCCACACCCUCUCGCACCAGCAAGUGAACGGCACAGCCGGCCUGGGGCCCCCGGCUACUGUCAUGGCGAAGCCGGCCGUGGGGGCUCAGGUGGUGCAUCACCCCCAGCUGGUGGGCCAGACCGUGCUCAACCCUGUGACCAUGGUCACCAUGCCCUCCUUCCCAGUCAGCACGCUCAAGCUGGCUUGAGGACGAGGCCACUCAGAGGCCCCCAGUGGGGACAGGGAGGGGGACCUGUCCCCCACUCUCUCACCCACCAGCUCCACACAUUCCAGCCAGGCCCAGGCCCGCCCCCCCCGACCCACCCCCAGGCCUCCUAGGGGAAGGGGGUGCAAAGACUCUGAGCCAAGGGAGGGAAG